AUUAAAAUUGUAUUUACUCCAACUUGUAAAUGUUUCUAUGGUUAAGCAUUUUGUAUAUAUCAAAAACAAUGACAAAUAACAAAUCAAAAACAAAAGAAAAUGAAGAAGGUGGGAUAUAAAAAGGAGCAGCCAUUGAUUUGUCUUCUUUUCUGGACGACGACCUGAACUACUCCAACAAAACAGAAAAGGAUGAGUUCCGAUCAACGGUGGAGAUUGCUCCGACCAGCAUUCUCCAUCCUCUUCUUUCUCUUCUUUCUUCCUCACAAUCUCACCUUUGGUCUCUGUUUUAGCACCGAUGGUACUUACUUUUGUUUCAUCUUUUUAAAUUUUGAGGUCUUUUCAACUAUUGAUGGAUCAACUCUUGAGUGUUUUGCAGCAUUGGCCUUGAUGAAAUUUAAAGAGAGAAUAGAGAGAGACCCAUUUGGAGCUCUAAUGAAUUGGGGAGAGCUUUCUCAUUGUUCUUGGUCUGGUGUUGUCUGUUCAAAUGAUGGAAGAGUUGUCAUCUUAAAUCUAAGAGAUCUCUCCCUACAAGGAACACUUGCACCUGAACUAGGAAACCUAACUCACUUGAAAUCUCUUAUUCUAAGAAACAAUUCAUUUUCCGGGAAAGUACCUGAAGAGGUAACAGAAUUGCAGGAGCUUGAGAUCUUGGAUUUGUGUGACAACAACUUUGGCCAACCAUUUCCCUUCAGCUCCAACGGCCGUAGGCUGCUUCAGGUAACUUCCCCUCGGAAGGCACCUCCUCCUACACAGGAUCUCAUCGUAAAACCUUUCCUCUCUCCUUUUCCUCCGUCGAUUGGAGGUGAAAGCCCUCCCCCUAGUUCCCCAGUCAUUCUCCCAAGCCCGCCUCAGCCUCAGCCUCCACCAGUUCCCCCUCCACCACCUCAGCUUUCAGAUGUCCCUGAUGAUGCCAACAAGAAGACAUCUCAAAAGACUAAGACUUACAUAAUAGUUGGAGUGCUAGUAGGUGUAUUUGCCGUCAUGGCCGUAUUGGUGGCCUUCUUUUUUCUCUGGAACCAAAAGGUAAAAAUGAUAAAGCCAUGGGGGGCAACUGGGAGCAGUGGAGAGCUUCAAGAUGUUGUUACUACAGGUGUUCCUAAGCUGAAGCUAGCAGAACUAGAAACUGCCUGUGAAGAUUUCAGUAACAUCAUAGGGUCCACAUCCUCAGACGCCACCAUUUACAAAGGAACUCUCUCCACCGGCUCUGAAAUCGCUGUUCUAGCAGUCGCAUCUGGAUCCCUCCAGGACUGGUCAGUGGAUCAUGAAACACAGUUCCAAGAAAAGAUACAGAGGUUAUCUCAAGUGAACCACAAGAACUUCCUCAAUGUAAUCGGAUAUUGCCAUGAAGACGAGCCAUUCAACCGAAUGCUAGUUUUCGAAUACGCUCCUAACGGAUCCCUCUUCGAGCAUCUGCACGACCAAGACGCAGAGCAUUUGGACUGGCCAAUGAGACUAAGAAUCGUAAUGGGAAUAGCUUACUGUAUAGAACAUAUGCACAAUCUAAACCCUAAACCCAUCUCUCACACCAACCUCAACUCUUCUUCAGUCUACUUGGCAACAGAUUACGCAGCCAAAAUCUCAGACUUUACUUUCCUCAGCUCCACACCACUUGACCCCAUGACCAACGUAUCCAGCUUUGGCGCCCUUCUGCAAGAGAUCAUCACCGGAAAGAUCCCGGAUCCAGAUUCUCUGCUCCACGACGAAACCAAGCCCGUUGCAGACCCGUCUCUGAAAAGCUUUCAAGAGGAUGUCAUGGAGAGACUGUGGGAAGUGGUUAAAGAGUGUUUGAAUCAGAAGCUGGAAAUGAAGGAAGUGGUGGUUAAGCUGAGAGAGAUCACCGGAAUAACGCCGGAAGCAGCGUUGCCAAGUCGAUCUCCGGCGUGGUGGGCGGAGCUGGAGAUUAUAUCCACCGAAAUGUAGAUAUAUCAUUCACACCAAUUGCACAGUAACGUAAUGUAUCAUCAUCUCUGUACUCUCUGCAAAUUUGAAGUCUGAAGAUGAUUUUUUUUUUUUUUUUUUUUUGGGUCAAUUGAGACAAAAUGUGUGGGUUUGAACUUUGAAACCUUAAAGAGAACCAUGUAGAUCUUGUCUGCAUAAUCCUUUGUUCUUAUUGUCAAA